GUGUUCUUUGAUGGGCAUGUAGCUAGGGCGCGAAAUUGAAUGUGGCCGUUGCGAUGAGAUUAUCUAUACUUCUCUCAUCCAGUUUUGUUAAACGCUGUGUCAGUUUUAGUCUUCCUUCUCGUACAUAUUCUUUAUGCAAACCAAGACGCUUAACCGGUCAAGAAGUCAGUUUCGACCUUAGGUUUUGUCCCCUAAGAAAAUUUCAUCUCCAUCCUUAUCUUUUCGCUGUACGUGUGGUUAACGUCCCUCCAUUCGCUGAAUCUGUUACAGAAGGAGAUAUUGUAUGGAAAAAGGCAGUUGGCGAUGCGGUCGAAGUAGACGAAGUUGUUGCAGAAAUCGAAACUGAUAAAACAAAUGUUUCAGUUCCAGCCCCUUGUGCAGGUGUAAUAACACAGCUGUUGGUUGAAGAUGGGGGAAAAGUUACUGUUGGUCAAGAAAUAUUUAAAAUGGAAGAAGGUGCUUCCCCCGCUUCAAAAUCGCCAGAAAAGAAACCUGUUCAAGAACCUGAGAAAAAACAAACUAAAGAUACACCUCCAUCUCCAAAGCCAACACCUGUUCCAGCUUCACCUGUGCUUAAAUCCGAAAGCGUACCUGCGGCGAAGGUUCCAGACACUGCUGUAUUAUCUUCGCAAACACCAACAUCUUCCGAAGGUGCACGCUCAGAACAACGUGUUAAGAUGAGCCGUAUGAGACUCCGAAUAGCUCAACGACUAAAAGAUGCGCAAAACACGUGUGCCAUGUUGAGUACUUUCAAUGAAAUUGAUAUGUCAAAUCUUUUUGAACUUAGACGUCAGUAUAAAGACACUUUUUUGAAAAGUCACGGUGUUAAACUGGGGAUGAUGUCUACGUUUGCUAAAGCUUCUGCUAUUGCUCUUAUGGACCAACCAGCUGUCAACGCUGUAAUUGAUGGUUCUGACAUAAUAUACAGAGACUAUGUAGAUAUAAGUAUCGCGGUAGCAACACCCAAAGGACUUGUUGUCCCCGUACUGCGUAAUGUUGAAAAAAUGAAUUAUGCUGAUAUUGAGCGUGGGAUUCACGAUAUGGGAGUGAAAGCUCGUGAUGGGAAGUUGGCAGUUGAAGAUAUGGAUGGAGGUACUUUUACAAUCAGUAAUGGUGGUGUCUUUGGUUCAUUGUUUGGAACGCCUAUAAUCAAUCCACCGCAAUCAGCAAUCUUAGGUUUAUAUGGUGUAUUUGAUCGUCCUGUUGCACGAAAUGGACAAGUUGUUAUUCGUCCAAUGAUGUAUGUCGCCUUAACGUACGAUCAUCGUUUGAUUGAUGGUCGUGAAGCAGUCACAUUUUUACGAAAAAUCAAGGAAUUUGUUGAAGAUCCACGAAUGUACUUCCUUCAGAUAUGAAUAUACUUAGUUUACUUUAAAGAACAUAUUUCAAAUGCUUUAAUGAAGAAAGUUGAAGAUAUUCUUUCGUCUACAGUUUUUAGGUAGUUUUUUUGCGCCACUUCCUAUACCUGUUUUUCUGUAACAUUAGUAACAGUUUCUACGUCGGUUAGUUUGUGUAUACUAUAUAUUUGCAAACACACUCAUACACUACUACUUUCACAACCUUAACUUUUCUUCAAUCAGAAUGUGCAUAAUUUAUUGUCAGUUUCAGAAUAACUUUUAUCAUUCUGGUAGAUUUAUUGACAGUAUAACUUGUACAUUUUGUUUAAGAUAAAUAUUUGUAACUCCAGUCUUCAGGUAUUCAACUUUAUAGUUUUUAAACCCCUCUCUCUCUCUCUCUAGUUGAGUUUUUGAAGUCUGUAUUAACAAUUGGUUUCUUAUUCAUAUAUGCAUUUGGCAGUUUUGUUUCAACUUAUAGCAAUAAAUAAGAAAUGAACCCGACUAAUAUGUGAUGGUUUCGUAAAUCCUUAUCAUUUGUUCCAUAUCUCUUCCUUCAGUAUUCACUUGUGUUAUAACGAUUAUGAAAGUCACUGAGUGAGUGAUUGUAGUGUUUUAUUGAUUCUUAGUUCGCUCAUAUAUUCAUCCUGCAUCACAGGUACUCUGGUGAAAUAGUUUCAUUUGGCGCAAUGAAUUCAUCAUAUAACUUCAAAAUAAAAUUACAUGUUUUUGUGUUAUAAGUGUAGAGGUUUCCACAGAGAU